AUGGAUGAAACUUGGGAAACUAUUAUUAGUAAAGAUAUCGAUGUUUCAUCGACAUUGAAAGAGAACUGUACAUCGAUAGAAGACGUCAAAGGUUUAUUAAAGGUCGCUCAAGGUUGGAUAUCUGCUGGAAUUCAUGACAUAGAAGAAGAGAAACGAUGCUGGAUGUGCAUCUCCACCAUUUUGGGCUCUGUAAAUGUGAAAGAUUGGUCUGCAUUGGAGUUUGUAUGCAGGGGAAUCUUGUUAAGAAGCAAAGAAAAAGAGCUAAGGCCUACGCUUCAGAUGACAGCAAAUGCAUUAAUGUGCAGUUAUCCUGAAAAAAUGGAGCAGAAAUGUGGUAAUAUACUACAGGAACUAUUGAUCGAGGCCGAAGAAGAUUCAGGCACAGAUUCAGUACUUUUACUUGUACAGGCAAUGUCCUUACUAUUCCCAAUCUGUCUUAGUAUGUGUAAGGACAUGCUAGUGUCUACAGACUUUCAAGACGUGUUGAUAGGAAAGUUGAAGCUUAACGAAACUGUUAAUUCCGAGUUGGUUUUGGCGUCGCUAAACUUGCUAUCUGUGGCAUGUAUCGAUGACUCUAUGAGAACUUUUAUUUGUGAGCACUAUCUAAAACUCUUGGAGCAAACGUUCACUGUGGCGAAGUACAAAAUAGGCACAGCUUUAGUGCUAAUUAAGAUAUGGAACUUCACCAAGUUGCAAAAGCAAACUUUAGAUGAGUGUAUCAGUAUUUUUAUUGAAUCGUUUGCCAAGGGAGAACAUGUUGAGGAGAGUACAGAAUCGUUAGCCUACCUCACUUUGAAGCCCAGCGUAAGGGUUCUGCUCAGAAACAAUGGGGAUGUGAGCUUGAAGUUAAUUGAGAUGCUCAAGUCUGAAGAAACAGCCCCAUCAGAGGCAUACGCAAUAUUGUGUAUCAUCGCAAAUUUAAGCAGUCUUCCGGCCGACUCUGGAGAAGAAGACACAAUCAACAAGUUGAAGCAGUCUCUCAAAUCCAAACAAGAAAGGGAACAAGAAGCUGCAACCGUGGAAAAUUUACAAGAAAUACAAGAGUUCAACAGGGACUACAUCAUCGACCUAGACCUAAUCGGCCGCCUAAAAUCCAUGAAAUUAUCCACAUCCUCAUUCAACCAGGCCAUCAAAAUCGUCUAUAACGUAACACGAGACAAGAAACUUAUCCCAGAUAGUGUGAAGCAGGGCGCAGGCGUGAUGCUUUUGGUGUUUUUGGCCCAGAAAAGGGAAGUUGCAAAGGACGAAUACUAUUUCUUAGCAAUCAGAGCUCUAUCUAAGAUACUAAUCCACGUAAACCCACAGACCGCAUUCAACAAGUUCUCGCCAUUGAGCACAGUCCCAUUCUUGUUCGAAAUGCUUCCAUCAGGAGAAGACGCUGCUGACGAAUCGACUACCAAUGCCCUUCUAUCACAGCCGCAAUUCACUCCUCUAGACACAUACGAAUCGCUCUUAGCACUAACGAACCUAGCAACCAUAAACCAGGGCUCUGACCUGGGCAAAAUUAUCGCAGGCAACCCCAAGUACUGGAGCACCAUCGAAAAUCUUCUCCUAGACUCUAGAGUCCAAAUCCAAAGAUCCACUCUCGAACUCAUCUCGAAUCUAAUGGCCUACCCAAUGAACUUGGCCGCCAAGUUCUUCAACUCCGAGAACCCAAAAAGCUCACAAAACUUCAACACACUCGUGAAACUUCUCGAGCUACAGGACCUCCAAUCGCAGAGAGCCGUCGCUGCUAUCUUCGCAAAUAUCGUCACCACCGUUCCAUUUAUCUGCGAAGAAUUAUCACACAAGGAAAACCUAUCGCAAACCCUCAUUAGAGUCUUCAAGGCUCAACACAACGACACAGAUCUCAGGCAAAGACUACUAGUACUUCUCCUAUCCAUCAUGGGCUCGAACCCAGACGUAGUAACCAGCGUCAAGAACGAUGCAACACUACUAACCACAAUUAAACAAUACAAACAAAGUCCGGACCCUUUAACUUCGGAAAUAACUACAGAUAUACUAAAAUUGGUACCAUAA